AGCUCUGUUAGGGCUCAUAAAAAAACGCACAAAGGAUUGAUGUUGCCGGUGAUUGUACCCAAAUUACACUUUUCCUUUCCUUUCCACUCGCGGUAUGUGCACGUGUAGGUUAGUAUAGCUAAAAUGGCGGAAAGCGACACAAUUCAUAUUCCAAAGACACGAAAUGGCGGUUCCUUUAGUAACUCCAAGGAUGUAAAGCUGCACGCUAACGAUUUUGGCUGGGAUACAAAAAUGGCGGAGCUGAGCGAGAGUGAAAAAAAACUGGUAGAAGAAUAUUUGUCAAAAUGCAUUUCCGAUCUUUCUCAAGUAAACUCGUCGCUUUCCUCUGAAGAAGUUCCUGCCAAGCCGUGGGAGUCGCACUUCUUGUCGUCUAAGCACCAUUUCCCACUCAAGAACUACGUAACCCAUGCAUUUCCGUUGCUGCGCAACUUUGUGAAGGAAGCCGAUGUAGAAGCAUGGAUUUUGGAGUGCGGAUGUGGCACUGGAAGCACCCUUCUUCCCAUUAUGCGGGAAUGCACAAACCGGAAUGUUCACUUUGUGGGUUUUGACAUCUCUGUGUCUGCUUUGACACAUUUUUCAGAUCACGAGAUUGCUAAAGGUUAUAUUGAACGCCAGAAACUGACACUAUUCCCGUUAGCAAUCGGAUCGCAGUCUAUCAACGCUGAAACUGAACUGCCUGACUCCGCUGCCAAACGUCAGCGCCUCGAUAACAAUGAAGAACUCGUUGCAGACACGUUGGCAAAAGUCAACAAAUCCCGUAAGAACCAGAAAUUUGACGUAGUCUUUCUUAUUUUUGUUCUUUCUGCGCUACCCAGUGUGAAUAAAAUGGUUCUUGCGUUAAAGCAAUUAAAGCAGGUGAUGAAGCCAGGCGGGAUUCUAUUUUUCCGGGACUACGCCCUUCCGGAUCAUAACUUUUUCCGUUUUCUUGCGAAAAUGGACAACAAAGUGGGCGAUGUCGCGUUUGCUAAAGGAGACAAUACAACGCAGGCUUUUUUCCAUAGAGAGUUUACAACGCAGCUUUUUGCGGCUGCUGGUUUUACAGAAGUUGACGAUGCAGAUUCGAAACUCACGUAUCACUGCAACCGAAUUGAGAACCGGAAAAAUGGUAAAAGGAUGGACAAAAUUUUCAUUAACGGGACGUUUAAAUUAGUUGAAUCGAAAUAA